CUCUGCAGGUCAGUCUCCGUGGCAAUCACCUCUGUGUUAAUUGUGCGUCUCCGAGUGUGAAGUAUGCCGGGCGCAUAUUUGACCCCUGGAGCACUCGGCCUGCUGCACGUCUCCGCCCAGACCGCUCGCCGCCCCAGACCGCCCCAGACCGCCCCAGACCGCCACGGGCUCCAGCGCUGUUCCCUGCAGCCUGAGACCAGACCUCCGAGACCCCCGAGACCCCCGAGACCCCCGAGACCCCCGAGACCUCCGAGACCCCCGAGACCCAAGAUUUAGUGAAUCGUUGGAUCAUGGCUCCGCGCAGGAUGGAAACCAAACCGGUGAUCUUCUGUCUGAAGACGCUGCUGCUGCUCUACUGCCUCAUCUUCUGGGUCGUGUGUGUAUUGCUUUUAACGUGUGUGGGGUUGUGGUGGGCUUCUCGGUUGGGUCCGUCUAGGCUGCUCAUCUCCACCGGCCAAUCAAACGCUCCGUACGUCCUCAGCGCCACCGGAGGCGCCAUCGUGCUGUUCGGGCUGUUUGGCUGCUUUGCCCCGCCCUGCAAGGGGCCAGUCCUGAUGCUGAAGCUGUACGCUGUGUUUCUGUCGCUGGUCUUCAUAACAGAACUCAUCGCUGGAAUCUCAGGAUUUGUCUUUCGCCACGAGGUCUGA